CUGAGAGAGAGAAUAGGCAACAGGGCUACACUUGUGGCAGAAGAGAGAAAAAGAACACACAAAGCAAUUUUUGCUUAAUAAAACGCCAAUGCUAUUUUAUAUGAAGAACAGAUCUUCGCAUUCCAGAGAAACUGUAUUUCUACAGGGCACUGCCAGUGAAGAAAACAUCUCAGACCUCACAUUCAGCGACAGCUUCCCAGCCAAGGCUGUAGCCAUCAGCCAGCUACAUACGUUUACAACAGAAGAGGAACGGGCAGACAAAAGGUGACAGAAGAUAAUCAUCAUGGCAUCAGCAGGUCUACAGUUCUUUGCUUUUAUUUUAGCUUUGUUGGGUGUUUUCGGCGCCAUCACAGCCACCUUACUGCCCAACUGGAAAGUAAAUGCAGACGUGGGUUCAAAUAUCAUAACAGCUAUAACACAGAUGCAAGGGCUCUGGAUGGACUGCACAUGGUACAGCACCGGGAUGUUUAGCUGCACUCUGAAAUAUUCAGUCCUAUCCCUCCCUGUCUACAUCCAGGCUGCACGGACGACCAUGGUUCUGUCUUGCAUCCUAUCAGCUUUUGGGAUUUGCAUCUCCACAGUAGGAAUGAAGUGCACAAAGUUGGGAGGGGACAAGGACACCAAAAGCUACACUUCUUCUGCUGGAGGGGUCUGCUUCAUCCUUGCAGGAAUCUUUGAGUUGGUACCAACAUCCUGGUACACAAGAGAAAUAAUUUCAAAUUUUAUGGACCCAACAGUCCCAGAGAGCAGUAAAAACGAACCCGGAGGAGCUGUUUAUAUUGGAUUCAUUUCAGCAGGACUUCUGUUCAUUGCAGGUGUGAUCUUCUGCACAUCCUGUUUUAAAAAGCAGCAGGGAGCAUGGAUUUACCCUACUAAGCAACAACAGUUCCCAGCCACACAGCAAGAGAACAAUGCAGGCUACAACCUGAAGGACUACGUGUAA